ACCAAAAGUAAAAUACAUUAUACUAAACGUAGAACAGUUCCAUAGAUUCCAGCACAAUGAGCAGCGCAUCACCUGCAAGCUCAGAAACCGUCGUCUCUCUGUACGAAAUUAUUGAGAAUUAUGAUCUUGACCCUGAGACGAAAUUCGUUGAGGGAUCAGAGAAUAUACUGACAAUAGUGGAUAAAUCGAGCAGUGAAUCAUUGCAGGAUGACACAGUUGGUAGCAUAAUGCAUUACGGAAUGUAUGAUGACGCAUUUGACACAGAUGAAACAAUUGAAAAACUUGAAGCUGUUGAGCACUUUGAAAAGGUAGAGGACGAGACCAAGGAGGAAGUGCCGGAAAGGCAAACGAGCAAGCGAAAGUCUCGAUUGGAGUUAACUGACAUUGACCGACUGAUGGCCCAUACCGAUUACGAUUACCUUGACGCUGAUGAUGAUCGUGACGAAUAUUCGUUAGCAAACGAUACUAUAAGACUGAAAACGAAUUUUCUCCAAGAGUUCACACUGCCCUCAAUGUCAGAUUUAAAGGAGUCGCGCGGGUCCGAAAGAAAAUCCAAGCGUGAGCAUGGAACACGUGAUAAAUUUACGGAAAGCAUAGAUUAUGGGGAAGCAUUAACAUCGCCACCGUCGUCGUCGUCGUCAAAGACRUCGGCGACAACGAAGACGACGCCAUCGUCGACGUCGAGGCCAUCAAUGGAUUCAGAUAAGGAGGAGACGCUCUCCGUGGAAAUAUCGCUCGACGAUGACAUCCUUGCCAAUUUAGACAACCUCCAAUUAAGUCUAAUGCAGCAAAGAGACUCUUUGUCACAUGAUAAGAAGGAGGGUAUUGAUUUGUUUCUGCAAGCCCAAACUGAUGCGAAUGAAUACUUAAUUGAUGAAGGUCUCGUAGAGAUGAGGGCCCUAAAGCGCCGCCAGGACGAGGAAUUAGCCCAAAUGACACAACAGUUUCUAUAUCAAAUGUUUGAUACUGUCGUCGAUCAAGUAACAAAUUAUCAAAAUACAGAAAAGGCGAAAUGGAAAUUGGAUAAGGACAAGAUCAUUCGAAAGCUAAUUGAAUUGCAAGAAAAAUAUUUGUACGAGCAAGAGUAUAAUGCAUUUCUAAACAGCAAAAUGGUUGAAUAUUACAAGCGUUUGAAAAAUAUCAGACCAUUCGCGAUUCUCAGCCCGCAAAUGAACCAAAAACUGUUUAAGAAAUACACAGAAGCUCUUACGCUUUUGGAUCACAGACUGAAAGUCGCCGCGGAAACUAAAACACGCACCGCCUUUCUAAUGUCCAGUGUAUCGAUGGAUCUCUCAUAUAUAAUUAACAUUGUCAUGGGCACCGAAGAGCAUUUCGAUGACCUUGUGAUGAAAGCCCUGACUACCAAUAGGUCUGACUACUUGAAGCAUGUCGUCGAGCGAGAGCUGCGGUACAUGAGUCAAAAGCGUUACGAGAUCAGUGACACACGCCUCUUUCUAAUCACCAGGAAGCACACAUUGGGUCGUAUCGUUGAUAGAAUCAAAAAAUUGGAAACAAUCAAUGAAGACAUCUGCAUGGAUGACUUUAUUACCAUACAGAAUCAAGUAGUAGCAUUGGAUAAAAAAAUUGAAGAACGUAACGCUGAAUUGAAAAGGAUGCGUCUCGAUUAUCAUGCUGCAUUGCAUCAGACCCAGCACAUACACGAGAAAAGCCUGGCGAUAAUCACCAAACUGGCAAAGUGUCAGAUUAAGCUGGCUGACAUGGAAAAGGAAGAGGAAAAGCUGAUCGAAAGUCUCAGAGAAGCUAAAACCGUGCAUAUGGAUCUGCGUAAAAAACUUACUGAACUAGGCUAUCAGGGCGGACUGUUAUUCAUGCCAUCCCUAUUGCACGAUUUUGAUGAUAGUGUGGACAAGGUCAAUAAUAAGAAAGCUUCAAUUAUAGAGCUGAAAAUUGCCAUCAAGCAAACGUCUCAACGUGUGGUAGAAUUGGAAUCACAAUGCGUUUAAGUAGCACAGAAACAAGAAGUACUUAUUUAUAUCAUCCAAUUUUCAUCGACUCUACAUACAUCAACUCUUAAACACAAAUAUAUAAUAAACAAAUAAACCUCAUAAAUAAAUAAACUAAUAU